AUGGGCUUGCAUGUAGACCAGCUCCUCACGGUGCAGCAUGACGUCCUCGAUGCCGAGCCGGGAUAUCUCAAUGUCUCGGCUGGAGAUCAGGUUCGGAUUCUGUACAUCGGAAGCGACGACAGGCAAGACGAGCACGGCUGGGUCUUUGGUUCGACGCCACAGUGCAAAGGGUGGCUCAGCGUCCAGAACUUGAAGCUUGAACCAGAGGAUGCGAGCGAAGCCAUCAUUGCCAAGCGAGGCGCACUUUCCAAAGGUGCUGGCUAUUUGCGCAUUCGCAAGGGGGAGCCGCUGAUCAUCAAACACGAAGAGAACGAGUGGCUGUUUGGUUGGUCGAAUGAGCAGCAGCAACAAGGGUGGUUUCCUCGUCUGGUCCUAACCAAGCCAGCUCCUCCACCCGAGGAGGAGUGGGAAGCAUUGCAAAACAAGCAGAAACCUCAGUGUGACCAGCUCGCAGCAAGUGCAGCUGCCAGUACGGAAGCUUUAGCAGGCCCUGAAAGUCUGCCCAGCUGGACAGUUGGCCGAAGAGCUCCAAAAGCACCAUGGAAUUAUGCAAUCAUGGACAACAGGAGAAGAUGUUUUUGCGGCUUCCUCCGCGCUGGGAAGGGUGGGAUCGAUGCUGAUACAGCCAAGCGCUGGGCAAAUCUUGUCAAAGACGGUAUUGAAGAUGCUGGUGGUUGGGACCGGCCCCAAGGCAACCUCGGUACUAUGUCGAGGUGUACGAAAUGGUUGGUCCGCAGCGGCUGCACCUGCCCCUAUCGAUAUGGAGGGGCCGUAGUGGAUGCCACACCGUUUCCACCUUUUAUGAACGAAUUGAUGGACGUGGUGAUGCCGCUCUGUGGGUUCCCGAAGGAGGAAGCGGAAGAUUGGCCUAAUAGCUGCAAUGUCAACCUCUAUGCUGAUGGAACAGAUUAUCUGGACUGGCACGCAGAUGACGAACCCUUGUUCGGCGGACGUCAUGGCGAUUGUUGCAUAAUUUCGCUGUCACUGGGGCAGGAGCGGCCCUUCCAGUUGCGGCUGACCGACUGCGCAGAUGCUGCUCAGCUUCGUAGGACUACAGGAAGUAUCCCCAUGCUUGUAGACCCCCACUGGCAGAAAGCUCUGCCGCUGUCUGCAGCCCUUCCGAGCACGAUCUCCGAUCGUCUUCCCGAACUUCUUGCGGUUUGGCAGUAUCACAUAGGUCAUAGCAUACUGUAUGCAGCAUACUGCUUAUCCUUUUUGCGAACCAUUAAAUUUCAGUUGUGCCUCUUCAUCCCGAUGCCUUUUGUGGGGGUGACUGACUGGCUGUAUGCCACAGCCCUGUACUUGUCACCAACAGGGAGUAAGCCCAUCGCCUGGAAGCCAGGUAAAGCAUGGCACCGCGCUACGAUCCGGGCUUGCCUCUUGAGACAAGACAGAUGGACGAUCACGGAACUCGUGCGAGUAUCAUGCUCUUACUUUGAGGGUGGCGGCGCUGACUUCUUAGCCAGACGACUAGUCUUGGGUCCACGGCAUAGCGACGAUCCGAUGGGAGGCGAGGCUCAGAUGAUCAUGGUCAAAGGCAAUACCGAAAGCCGAGAAGCUCCACACGAAUUUGACCAUUCAGACGGCAGCUAUGUUUGUGAGAUUCUGAACAACGAGAGGGCAGUCCUCAGGAAAAGCAGGAUCUGUGGGCGGGUCCUGCUGCUUGUUACUCGUAUGGUGCAGAGGGUGUGUAGCUUCAUGUGCCCCAACGGCAGUGCCGUGCUUUCGGUGUGGCAGGGCAAGGCGAGACUUCUGCGUUUCUAUUACGAUGUUGCUAUGGACAGGCAAAAGCACAUCGUGCAGACAGUCUUCCGCUUAGUCAGCACGAGAGUGGACGAGAACUGCUGCUGCUUUGUGGAGGACGAGUCCCUUUUCGGACCUGAUCACAAGAUCAUAUAUAGGCACUUCGCAACCCUGUAUUUCGUCUUUAUAGCGGACAGCGCUGAGAGCGAGCUCGGGGUGCUGGACCUGAUCCAGGUCUUCGUCCAAGUCCUCGAUUCCUGUUUUGAAAAUGUCUGUGAGCUGGACCUGAUCUACCACUUCGACCGGGUGAACUACAUCCUGGACGAAAUAGUCAUGGCAGGAAUGGUGCUGGAGACCAACGCUGAUCUUAUCCUGACGGCCGUCAAGGUUCGCACGCAUUUGUAUCCGAAAGGAGGGGUCAACCUUUGGUUUCUGAAUGCCCGCGCAGUGCCUGUGCCGGUGGAGAGCAGUGAGAGCCCGGACGGGCCACAAUGCAGACCUGGUCAAGGGAUCUUUGGUUGCGUUUUGAUGGACGAUGAUUUCGACAGGUUUCUAGAAGCCUCGAACGAUGACGAGGAGAGCUUUUUCCAGCCGACGUGGAAUGCAGCUUCGGCUUCCAGCCGGGACAUCCCGGGCCAUGGCCGCUCGCCGGUGAGAGGAGGCAGUCCUUCAUAUCGUGGAAAGUAUGCUGGUGCUGGUGGAGGAUAUCGUUCCAGCGAUCCACUCGCCAGCAUUGACCUCAGUUCAUUGCCAAUCCCGGAACGCACUGCUCCCAAAGCGAAAGUGAAGAGCACCGCUGCUGCAUCUCGGGGUCGUGCGGAACCUUCUGCAUCUCCAACGGUGCGCAGUGGCAUUCGCCAAUCCAGCGACCGUGCAACUACACCGUCAGCUAAGUCCGAGCCUGCCAAAACAAAGCCGUCUCCUACAGCCAACUCAGAUUCGGAGAGCUCGGUGUCUCACGGUCACAGUGAUGGCGAUGCGACCGGCACAGGAGCGAUGGCAUCGAUCUUCGCAAAUUUUAAAGCAGAGAUGGAACAGCAGCUGCGAGAAUCUGCAGAGGAGCAGAAGCGGCAGGAGGAGGAAAGAGAAAGGAAAAGGAAGGAGGAGGAAGAAAAGAGGAGAAAGGAAACAGAGGAGGAAGAAAAGAGGAGAGAGGAAGCAGAGGAGGAGGAACAGAGGAGGAAAAAGGAAGUGGAGGAGGAAGAGAGGAGGAAAAAAGAAGCAGAAGAGCAAGAAAGGAAGAACAAGGAAGCAGAGGAAGGAGCCAGACGCAGACGAGAAAUGGAGGAGGAAGCGAGAAAAACACACGAAUCAGAUCAGGAAGAGACAAGGAAGAAGGAAGCUGAGAAGGAAGAACUUAGACGGAAGGAAGAGGAAACAAGAAAGGAACGUGAAGUCGCAGAAGCAGAACUAGCGAGACUUAAGUUGGAGGACGAGCAUAGGAAAGAGGCAGAAACCCGCAGACGUGCAGAGGAACUGGAAGCGAAGAGACUUCGCGAGGAGGAUGAGCAAAGAAAGCGUGAGGCAGCCGAAGUUGCCGAAGCGGCGCGCAACAUGGAAGAACUAAAACAGCGAGAGCUCGAGGAAGCACAAAGGAGCGCACGAGAGCAGAGGAGACAAGCAGAAGAACAAGAGGCGAUGGAAACAAAGCGAAAGCUUGACGAGCGGAGGAGGAUUGAAUCUGAAGCACUGGACAGGAAAAUGGAUGAAGAACGGAACAGGAGUGAACGCAUCCCAAGACCUCAGAUUGAGAUUGGACAAGUGUGCACAACAGCUGAUGUGAAGGAAAAUGCUGCCAAGCGAGCUGAAGAUGCCAAAGAUCAUACGCAGGGAGCUUCCAAGGAGGCGAUCGGAGACUGGAAGGAAGUUCGGCAGGUCCCACAUCAAGUGCAGAAUGCGAUCUUUGACCUGGACAUCAAAAGACAGGAGAUUGCCGAGAUGAAAGACUUGCGCACGAAGACGAGGGAGGACCAGUUUUACAACGAAGAGGCCGCCCACCGACUGGUCUUGUUAUUUUUCUCCUUGCGUGCUUGGUCCGAGAAUUGUGAAGGAGGCCGUGUGCGCAAAGCUGGGGCGCCUGGUGCUUCAAGUCAGACGCAGGUGUGCCGCAAGUUUGCAGAAAGUGCUGCAGUUGCACACGACUGGGCUCGGAUGACGCAAGCGUUUGCUUGCUGGAGUCGCCUUUGUGCCAGCACGGCAAGUGCCGUGUUGGACCGCAAAGCACAGGACCAACUUGCUGCAGCAGCUCAACAAGUUGCUGACACAACUUGCAAGCAGUCCGUGCUAUUGCAGCAAGUGGCUCACUUGGAGCGAGAGGUGGCGAAAUUAAGCCAGGAAAGGGAUACAUUAUCGGGAGACUUGGAAGCUUUGCUUCACAAGGGGCUGGGAGCCGGCCAACCGAACUCACAAGAGAAGACGUCCGAUUUGCACGGUGGCCGUGGUGACCGAACUCAGAAGUUAGAAGCUGAUCUCGAUCUCGCUGAGAAGAUGCUGCGUGCUUGCGAGAAGGAGAACGAAAAUUUAGCAAAUCAAAAUCGCCAGCUUCGUCAAGGAGCUCGCUUACGGCGUGAAGAAGUCGAUGGAAGGCAGUUGCAACUGGUUGCCGAGUUGAAUGCAGCGAAGGCUAGUGCGGAUGCCAAUCCAGCCAGCAUGGCCCGACUUGUGGACCUGGAGCGGGAGCUUGUGGCAGUCAAGGAAAGGGCUGACGAACACGCAAAGGAGCUGGAAAGGUGCAGAGAGGCAAAGCGACAACUUGAGCGGGAAAUGAUAACGGGACCGUUGCCAAAAGCUGCUCACAGUGAGGAGCUGGAACAUGCCGAAGCAAAGCUUGUUCAAAGCCGGAGUGAGGUGUCAGAGCUGCAGGCUAAACUUCUUUUCUAUGCCCAGGGACAGCAGGAGAUGGAGGAAGACCGCAGACAAGUACUGCGCCUUGGCGAGGAGUUGCGAGCAGCCUUGGGCGAGAAUGCAGAGCUGCGCAAGCGGCCGGCAAAAGAAGCCAGCAAAAAGAUAGCAGAGCUUCGGAAACAAAACGAAGAGUUGCAUGAGUGCCUCCGAAAGCGGCAUCCCGACAGUCUCCUGGCUCUCAUCAAAGCUUGCGAGCCGCCUCCUGAAGAAAAGCGCAAGCUAAGCGAACUGAAAGGCCGUGUCGUGGAACUUGAAGCUCAACUUGCAGAGCAGGAUGCGUUGUACGAUCGCCGCAUCCGAGCACUCAGAGCGCAAUACGACCAUAUGCGGCACGAGUAUGAGCGACGUGCAGCCAUAAAUCGUGUGCCGUUGCCUGAGACAGAGGAGCCAAAGCGUGCAGCUCCCGACCGCGAGGCUAUCCUCCAAGCCAGAAUCAAAGACCUGGAACGGCAAGUUGAACACACGAAGUCUUACUAUCUCAGCAAACUACGCAAAAGAGAGCCGCUAGUCCCAUCGGGCAAGUCCAACAAGGCCACUGUGCCGACUAAUCCCAGUGGACAUGGAGCACAUCACAAUCAGGGAGGCGAUGCUCGACAAGUCCAGCAACUCCAGCUGCAAUUGCAAGCGCAAGAGGACCGCAUAGCAGAGCUGACAUCGGCAUCGGCAUCUUUGCGCAAGGAACCCUGCUCGAUGGUCUUCCUCCGCCUGCUUUUGGCAUCGCCAGAAGCACUAGCGCUUCUCGCGUUUUGCGUGAUCCAGCGCUGGCUGCAUACGGGCUCCGGAAACUCGGAGGAGGUACGGAAGCAAAUCCUGCAAGACGCAGAGGCCCAAGCAGGUUUGGACCACAGACUUCCUUGGAGUCAGCUCCUGGCUGUGCUUGGCCGUGCUGGAGUACCUCCUGGUUUGCUGGAUUCGAUCCGUCCAAGAUUCUGCUGCGUGGCGGCCGUGGUUCUGCCGCUGUGCCAUGCGGCAGGUUCCGAGACCAGACGUCAUCAGAUGGUGAUAUCAUCUUCUGGUAUGAGCGAUGUGGAUGCCGUGCAACAAGUGGUGAUGCGGCGGGAGGCUGGCGCCAAGGCUCAUGGCGUUGAUGCAGCUUUGGAGGAUGUGGACCUUUCAGCAGAUGCAGCCAAGUUUGAUGUCCGUUUCGGCAUCAAAGAAGACAACAAAGCUCGAAAGACCCAAAAUGAUUGCACAGGCCUCAAGGAAGCCAGCGAAUGCACUAAUAGCGAAGUGCAGCAGAGUGCUGCGGCCUGCGAAAGCCACAAGGCCCCGCGAGGACCCCAGUUCUAUCGAUGUACGUGGAAGAAAUCUGAGCCGAAUCAUGGCGAUGAACCUGCCGUGCCAGCAGAAUGCUACUUGGACGAGAAGGCUGGACCUUGCAGCACAUGGGGAGACACUUCAUCUACGUCGGAGUAG